ACAAGGUAGCAUCACGUCUUGGUAGCAUUUUUAUAUUUUUAGAGUGAUUAUUUUGUGAUUUUCCGUGAAGAAAAGAAUAUUUUGAUAUAAUAUUUGGUGCUACUGUGACCCGAAAACAUGAAUACAAGACUGAAAACGAAAAAAGCAAAGGAAAAUCCACAGGAAAAGCGUAAAACGCGCAAAACUCAUUUCGCCGAUGAAAAUACGUUGAGCAAUUCAAUUUGGAUGGAUUCCUUUGAUAAAUUCAUUUCCAAUAACAGAAAUGGACUACGGGAGAAGAAUUUGUUGCGACCAAAGGGAAAAGUGAGGAUGUCUUUUAAUCUCGAUAGCAGCAUUUACGAUUCAUCGGAUUCCACAAAUCUUCCCAGGCCUUCCCGGAUGAGGAGGACAACAAGGAAGAAGAGCAAAAGUAGCGCUGCUGGCAUCAUAGUUUCAACACCCAUCAGUACAGCCAAGAGCACAGAGGAAAAACAGAAACUAUCACUGUUUGAGAAAUUCUCACCAAUUGUCUCAGAUCAGAAGCUCCUUGGAGGUCAUGAGAAAAAUCCGGCAGGACCCAAUAAUCUCUUGAGCACAUUUUCUUCCGAGUCUGACAGCUAUGUUUGGAAACCUCUGAGCGUAAAGAAAGGAGUCACAGGAUCUAUGACGGAGUCUUCUUCCUGUGUUAUAGUACAAUCAAACAUACCAAAACGACCUGCCGAGGAAAUGCAGGAAGAUAAAAUAAAUGUACAGAAGGAUACAGAAGAUGAUAACUCGGUGAAAUCUCCAAAGAAGAUUGUUGUGCAAUUUCCAAGGAAAACAAUACUAUCACAGAAUCCUCCCAAAAUCCGUAAGACGGUGGCAUUUGUGAACACAUCUCAAGAUAAUUCAACAGAGCAAGACAAAGUUCCUCAACCAAGACAAACGAUUGUCCUGGCAGCUGGAAAAUGGAGGAAAUCCCUAGCAAAUUGGAGAAGAACGCACAUCAAUGAAAAUUGCCACCAAAACAAAUCAAAUGAGGAACAAAUUGACGAUGCUAACGUUGCAGCAAAUGUUAGUCUGAUAAAACCAGGACGACGUCGAGUUACUCGAAGGAUAUACGACUCAGAUACCUUUUCAACCCUUUCGAACAAGGAGAGUGCAAUUCUGGUGCCACAAUCAGAUGACGAGACGUACAACCAGUCCCUACCAGGAAGUCGAGACAUUUUACCAAGUCGUCACUUUUCCAUUAGUCGAAGCGUGUCUGCCAUCGAGAGUGGCAAUUUGUCCUUUGAUGAAGCGUCCAGCCGAAAACAUUUUCGCAGGCAGACUCACUCAAUUCUACGCUAUCGACGCACGAGCAGUGUUCGUGAGGAGGUCGGAGGCUAUAUAAACGGUGACCUCACACAUCGAGGACUUGUAUUGCGCUACUGUGGCCAAGCAGAACCGUUGGACUUCAAUGAAGUGUACUCUAGUAGCGUCUUGAGAAGUUGCCGUAAAGUGGGUGAAGGAGUCUACAGUGAGGUGUUUAUGUACAAAAAUAGCCAGGGAAAAGCAAUAGUCCUCAAAGUGAUCCCGAUUGAAGGUGAUAAAUUCGUAAAUGGUGAAUAUCAGAAGAAAUUCGAAGAGAUCCUCUCGGAGAUUAUUAUAACAUCGGAAUUGAGUAAAUUGAAGAAUGGUCAGGAUUAUCGUACUGGUGGAUUUGUGGAUCUUGUAAAUGUUAAAUGUGUACAAGGCUGCUAUCCGGAACACUUGAUUGAUCUCUGGGAACUCUAUCGUGACAACCAUGGCACAGACAAUGAUCAUCCGGAAAUUUUUGAGCACGAUCAGCUGUAUAUUGUUCUAGAAUUGGGCAAUGGUGGACAAGAUUUGGAGGCAUUCACCUUCAAAAAUGCUCUUGAAUCAUAUUCAGCAUUCAUUCAGGUCGCCCUCUCACUAGCUGUUGCAGAACAAAAGUUUGAAUUUGAACAUCGUGAUCUCCAUUGGGGAAAUAUUUUGCUUUCACACACAGAUGAUAAGGAGGUGGAAUUUGUCUUCAAUGGUGAAUUGAUUGCAAUACCAUCACAUGGUGUUCGGGUCACCAUAAUUGAUUACACACUUUCGCGUAUGGUGUAUGCUGGUGAAUGCCAGUACAACGAUCUAUCCCAGGACGAGGAACUCUUUUCAGCCAGUGGCGAUUAUCAAUUUGAUAUUUAUCGUUUGAUGCGUAAUCAAGUGAAUAAUCAAUGGGAGAAGUACGAUCCGUUCAACAAUGUCCUUUGGCUACAUUAUAUGAUUGAUAAAUUGAUUAAUGGUGCUCGGUAUCGUCUGAAGCAGAGCAAGAAGCAUCGCGAUGCCAUCCAAGAUAUGAUGCAGCUGCGCGAUGAGUUGUUGGAAUUUAAAAGUGCCUCAGAAUAUGCACAGCUACUCAAGUAGAAAAAAACAACAAAAGGCCAUUUAUUCACUUAAAAAACAAAAAUUAUUAAUCACAAAUCGAUUUGCAGUUUAACAAUACUUUUUGAAAGUAACUAAAAAAAAAUUGUUUGGGUAUAUUUUGAACAAAUAACGCGUGGUGAAAGUAAAAGAAUGUAGAAAUGGAUCAUCAGGAGAGUGGAGUAGAAAGCGAGUUUAUUUGUUGUAGAUGUACAUACAAUAUCAAUAUAAAAUGCGACACAUUAUUUAAAGAUUUGAUGCCCACUUUAUUUCAUAUAAACCAAUUAAAAACAGCAAUAAAAUACUUUUUCAAGUCGCAAAA